AUGAAAAGGUUGGAGAAGUGUAGUUUGCUUCACACGACACCUUUGGCAUCCGUCUUCAACUCCAAAAGAGCCCAUUUAACAAAUUCCCGUCCGUGCAACCUCCCGUCCAGCUCCUCACAGCCCCAGCGUGAGAGUGAAGUCCUGCCUGGGCCCCCCCGCGGCUGGUGUGGACCCCAAACUGAGCAUCUCCGCAGCGGGACGGCCCAGUGGGAGCCCUCAGUGGGGUACCUCAGUGGGAUCUGGCAACCCGUGGGCCGAGGCAGUGGGAGAGAAGACUAUCUCAUCCAAGUGUAG